AUGCCCCAAGGUUAUGUUGACCUGGAUCCUACACUACCUCACUACGCCGGAAAGGGACUGAGCGUGUUUCUGGAUUUGGUCCCCUGGCGUGGGCUGAUUUUCUUGCAGGCACCUCCUGGCUUCCUCUUGUGGAUUGCUUUCGUUUCGCGUGUCCCGGGCCUGCGGCGAGAGUUCGCCAGCACCGGCGCUUGGUUCUCCGCUCUGCCCGUCCGGUUCGGCGCCAGCGGGGACCGGAGCGUGACGAUAGCGUACGGGGAUGUCGUCCGGAGAACCCCUACGGAUAACGCUUCACCAUUUCCUCUCCCCUUAUUCGCCGACCUGCCUCCCUUCAGCCACGGCAUGUAUCAGCAGCCUCCAGCGCAACCCUUAGAUGCCAUGCGUCAUCGCAGCUGCCGGCACACCGGUCUGGCCAUGGGGGAACUACACUAA